CUUGACAUGAAGUCCAUCUACAUUCUUCGUCUCCUUCAUUUUCAUUCAAUCUGAUGUCUCUCCUUAUCUUGGACAACGUCACAGAAACCUGUCUACUUGAUCCGUCAACGCAAUCCGUAUGUUUGACCCAAGCACGCAAGAAACCGUUCCUCUCGAGCAUACCCAGAGCUUCUUCCGCUUCACCAUGGAUGCCAAGGUUGGAUAUUUCUGAGCCCCUUGCAUGAUCAUCUAAAACAUCAAGGCCAGAGAUGAAAGCUCCGACAGUCACUGCAUACACUCCAUUCUUCAAAAGGCAGAACAUUGAUGUCAAAGAAUCCUUCCACUCAGACAUAACAUCGCAAAAACGUGCAACCGAAGUUGAAAUGGGCAAACAAGUCAUAGACAGAAAUUUGAAGAUCUUGGAGAGAGAUCCUUGUUGCAUCUUGGCCCUUCGACCUUGGCUAGACGGCACUCGACAGCAAAGGUUGAGAUUUGAACAGGAUGACAUCUUUGUUGAGUAGUAAGGCGAUCUAGAAAUUGCAGCACAAAUUUCCAUGUUUACGGCUAAUAUUAAAAGCAACAAAAUUAUGAGAAAUGAAGACUACUCAAAGAUUGAUCACUUAUUUUUCCGAAUGAUUACCCUCACAACCUCAAACACUUUCG